AUGGGAAGAUUUGUUGAUUCUUUUAGACAAAUGGAAUUUGAUGAAUCUUUAUUAAAACCAGGAAUGACUGAAGCUGAAAAAACUGAAGUUAGACUUGCAAACACACCUUUACAAAAAUCAUUAAAGAAAAGACAUUUACAAAUGAUUGCCAUUGGGGGAAGUAUAGGUACCGGUUUAUUUGUUGGUUCUGGUUCCGCUUUAAGAACAGGUGGUGCUGCUUCAUUGCCAAUCGCUUGGGUUGUCGUUGGUACUUUUCUUUUCGCUGUUAUCCAUGCUCUUGGUGAAUUGGCUGUUGCCUAUCCAGUCCCAGGUGCCUUCUCUGCUUAUGCUACAAAAUUCAUUGAUCCUUCUUGGGGUUUUGCAAUUGGUUGGAAUUAUGUUUUCCUCUGGUUAGUUGUUUUACCUUUAGAAAUUAUCGCUGCUGCAUUGACUAUAAAUUUCUGGGAUGACACUAUAAAUUCAGUUGCUUGGGUUAUUAUUUUUUACGUUUUAAUCAUGGGUAUCAAUUUAUUCGGUGUUAAAGGUUAUGGUGAAGCUGAAUUCUUAUUCUCUUUGAUUAAAGUUGUCGCAAUCUGUGGGUUUUUAAUCCUUGGUAUCGUUUUAGUCUGUGGUGGUGGUCCAUCUGGUGGAUUUGUUGGUGGUGAAUACUAUAGAGAUCCAGGUCCAUUCACUAAUGGGUUCAAAGGGUUCUGUACCGUUUUGGUUGUUGCUUCAUAUGCCCUUGGUGGUUCUGAAUUAAUCGGUGUCACUGCUGCUGAAUCUGAAAACCCAAGAAAAACUUUACCAAGUGCCAUUAAACAAGUUUUCUGGAGAUUAAUGUUAUUCUAUUUAGGUGGGUUAACUUUAGUUUCUUUAUUAGUCCAAGCUACAGAUCCAAGAUUAUUAGGUUCAUCCUCUGUCGAUGCUUCAGCUUCUCCUUUCGUUAUUGCCAUUAAAAAUGGUGGUGUGAAAGGUUUACCAUCAGUCAUGAAUGUUGUUAUUUUAAUCUCAGUCUUAUCUGUGGGUAAUUCAGCUGUUUAUGGUUGUUCAAGAACUUUAACCUCAUUGGCUGCCCAAGGUUUAGCCCCAUCCAUUUUCGGUUAUAUCGAUCGUAUGGGUCGUCCAAUCUUUGGUAUCAUCUUGAACGGUAUCACUGGGUUAUUAUGUUUUAUCGUUGCCAACAGAAAAAUCCAAUCCGAAGUGUUUACAUGGUUAUUAGCCAUCAGUGGUCUUUGUAUCUUGUUCACAUGGUUAACAAUCUCAAUUUGUCAUAUCCGUUUCAGAUUAGCUAUGAAGGCUCAAGGUCGUUCAUUGAAAAGUUUAGCCUUCACUUCCCAUGCUGGGUUUUGGGGAUCUGUUUAUGCUGUUGUUAUGAUGUCUUUGGUGUUGAUUGCCCAAUUCUGGACAUCUGUUUGGCCACUUCAUGGUAAACCAAAUGCUAGAGUGUUUUUUGAAAAUUAUAUUGGUGCUCCAAUCUUUAUCAGUUUUUACAUUGCUAGAAAGUUAUGGGUUAGAAAAUUCAAUGAAUUCACUCCAUUAGCUGAUAUUGAUCUUGAUGGUGGUAGAAAAGAUCUUGAUAUGGAUCUAUUACAACAAGAAUUGGCUGAAGAAAAAGCUGAAUUACAAACUAAACCAUUAUGGUUUAGAUUUUAUAAAUUCUGGUGUUGA